GAGAGUUAAUUAUUCGUCAACCUUUUUACUCUAUUCAUUGAAGAGAAAAAUGGUUAAGCCAAAUUUGUAUUUUAGUAGGUGAAAGCGUUGGAAAAAACAUGAAAUGGCCGGCAAGCUUCUUCUCAUGCGGAACAAACUGCAGUAGCUGGCCUGCGAUGGGAGGAAAGCUUCCAGGGCCAGCGUCAGGAACGGCACCGGCCAAUGCCUAUACGACGGAGAGUAACCCCAUUGUGGUGAUCGGUGAACAGUACAUUGCCCCAUACCCUGUGGAUCUUAAAAUACAACACACGGUAUUUACGGUUGCUGAAAAUAACUUCGAUAUCACCGACGUUAAUGAUAACCCUAUUUUCAAGGUUAAAAACAAGUUGUUCAGCUUUCCUGAUCGCCGCGUUUUGCUUGACGCUGCUGGAAAUCCUCUCGUUUCCCUCAAACAGAAGAUAUUGAGUGUUCAUAGGAGAUGGAGAGUUUUUAGAGGGGAAAGCGACAAAUCAAGUGAUUUUCUUUUCAGUGUGAGGAAAUCGUCUUUGGUUCAUCUGAAGAUGAGGACGAAGACUACGACGACUACGACUUUAGAUGUUUUCUUGGCAUCCAAUACCAGUGAAUCACUGCCUGAUUUCAAGAUCACAGAGGGUUGGCGCGACAGCAGCUGCACUAUUUUUGCAGGACACGCUAUUAUUGCACAGAUGCAAAGAAAACAAAACGUGAAAAGCCUCGUAAUUAACGCAGACAACUAUGGAAUAACAGCAUACCCUAAUGUUGAUUACGCAUUCGUUGUUGCACUGGUGGUGAUUCUUGAUGAAAUAAAUCGAAAUAGCUACGACUGAACUUCAACCUCAAUUUUCA